CCACUAAUUAAGCCAGAGCUGAAAUUUGAAAGAGCUCUUUCCUUCUUCCACAGGAAAUAUCCCUUUUCACCUAAACCACUACAAACUUCAUCUUCUUGGCAUCCAAUAGAAGAAGAUGGGGGCACCUUGCAACUCCUUGGGUGAACCAUUCUCCAGAAGUUUCAAGGGUCUCAUUGUUUGGUGCAUUUUGCUUUCAUUGACCCUAUGUUCGUUGGCUACUGCUACUUCUAAUAAGACUAGAUCACUCCAUUUUUACAAAUGGGAAGUGGAGUACAUGUACUGGUCUCCAGAUGGGUUAGAAAAUGUUGUUAUGGGCAUCAAUGGCAAGUUUCCUGGACCAACGAUCCGGGCUAGAGCUGGAGAUACAGUUCAUGUGCAUCUCACAAACAAACUCCACACCGAGGGAGUUGUCAUUCACUGGCAUGGAAUCAGACAGAAAGGAACGCCAUGGGCAGAUGGGACUGCUUCCAUUUCGCAGUGUGCUAUUAACCCCGGAGAAUCCUUCGAUUACAGGUUCACAGUCGACAGGGCAGGAACAUAUUUCUACCAUGGACAUUAUGGAAUGCAAAGGUCAGCAGGGUUGUAUGGGUCCCUCAUAGUGGAUGUUGCAGAAGGAGAGAAAGAGCCUUUCCACUAUGAUGGCGAGUUUGACUUGUUGCUAAGUGAUUGGUGGCAUGAAAGUGCUCAUCACCAAGAAGUUGGCCUUUCUUCCAGACCAAUGCGCUGGAUUGGUGAACCCCAGACCCUGCUCGUAAAUGGAAGAGGUCAGUAUGGAUGUUCCCUAGCGGCCCACUAUAGCAACAACUCCUCUCUCAGUCAGUGCAAUGUAACAGGACAUGAGCAAUGGGCACCCUAUAUCCUGCAUGUGGAUCCAAACAAGACCUAUAGAAUAAGACUUUCUAGCACCACUGCUCUGGCUUCUCUCAACUUGGCCAUUGGGAAUCACAAAAUGCUGGUGGUGGAAGCAGAUGGAAAUUAUCUCCAGCCAUUUGAGACUGAUGACCUAGACAUUUAUUCCGGUGAGAGCUACUCAGUGUUAUUAAAAACAAGUCAAGACCCCUCACAAAACUACUGGAUCUCUUUUGGUGUAAGAGGAAGAAAGCCUCAAACCCCACAAGCCCUAACUAUACUAAACUAUAAAACCAACUCUGCAUCAAAAUUCCCUCUUUCUCCACCUCCUGUAACUCCUAGAUGGGAUGAUUAUGCUCACAGCAAGGCAUUCACUAACAAAGUCAAGGCCUUGGAUCACAAAACAAUCCCAAAACCUCCAUCAACUUACCACCGUAGGAUCAUCCUACUAAACACUCAAAACAAGAUGAAUGGCUAUACUAAGUGGUCUAUCAAUAACGUUUCCCUCUCAUUACCUGCCACUCCUUACUUGGGGUCCAUAAGAUUUGGACUACAAAAUGGUUUUGAUCAAACAAAGCCACCUGAGAGUUUCCCAGUACAGUACGAUGUUAUGAAGCCACCGGGUAACCCCAACACCACUACUGGGAAUGGGGUUUACAUGCUUAGUUACUAUAGCACAGUGGACGUGAUACUUCAAAAUGCUAAUGCAUUAGCUGAGAAUGUUAGUGAAAUCCACCCGUGGCAUUUGCAUGGACAUGAUUUCUGGGUGUUAGGGUAUGGAGAAGGGAAGUUUACAAAAGAUGAUGAGAAGAAAUUUAACAUGAAGAAUCCACCUUAUAGAAAUUCUGCAGUGAUAUUUCCCUAUGGAUGGACUGCACUAAGGUUUGUGGCAGAUAAUCCAGGAGUAUGGGCUUUCCAUUGCCAUAUUGAGCCACAUUUGCAUAUGGGCAUGGGUGUGGUUUUAGCUGAGGGUGUCCAACGUCUUCCUAAGAUUCCUAAGGAGGCUCUUUCUUGUGGUUUGACUGGGAAGAAGUUCAUGACUGGAAACAAUUUGGGCUAAGUUAAUGCCAUCGAUCGAUCUUUUAGCUAUGGCUUUAUUAUAUGAUUUUCUGUAUGCUAUUGUAAUAUGCAACUUGGAGUCCAUCAAAUAUCGUAUGACUUGCCAGAGAGGGUGAGGGAAUGUGCUUGUCUUUUCUUUUUGGUUAAAUGUGCUUCUCAAAGGGAGAGAAUAUGUAUCUUAGCUACCGUAUUUAUAAGGUAUUCGGAAUCUGAUGAUGUUUUUAUUAUCAAUGUUAUUAUUAUUUUAAGGUA